AUGGAGGCCGAACUACAUUACCGGAUCCUCCAAGGUCGGGAGGGUGGUGGUGUGGCUCCGACUUCCCAUUUGCCGCUGGACUACUGGGAGAAGGAGAUAAUACUCCGCUUGGCGGCGAAGGCAGGGAGACCUCUAGCUUUGGACAGUGCCACGGAUCAAGGGAAGAAGCGGGGCUUCGCAAGGGUGAAGGUUGAACUGGAUAUAAGUGCUCCUCUCAAGCCAGUGGAAAGGCUGUGCGGCCAAGGACCCAGCAUUCGUUCGCAGCUUGCGGCAAAGCGACUGGAGCCAUUGCCAGUGGUCGAUCUCGGCCACUUGAACCAAAACUCCGCGGGCAGAUCUCGUGUUAUCGAAGACAUAGGGAAGGCUUGCCGGAAACUGGGCUGUUUCCAGGUCAUAAACCAUGGUAUUGACACAUCAGUCAUGGGCGCUCUCGAAGAAGCUUCCGGGUUUUUCGAAAUGCCCAAGGAAGCAAAAGAAGCAUUUGCAUAAGAUGACAUCAUGAAUCCUGUGAGGUAUGAGACAUGCUCAGGGGAUGGUAUCAGCAAGACGAGAGAAUUCCUAAAACACUAUGCUCAUCCUCUCAGUAAGUGGGUCCAGUUCUGGCCGCUAGACCCACAAAGCUACAGGGAAAAAAUGGGACAGUAUGCAAUCGAAAGCAGAAGAUUAGCCAUUCAACUGAUGGAUGCCAUACUGGAAAGCCUGGGAUUGGGUCAGGGGUAUCUGAAUGACAAACUUGAAGAAGGAAUGAAACUGCUGGCCAUCAACUGCUACCCAAAGUCGUCCCAGCCCGGUGUAUUGGUUCCUCAUUCUGAUUAUGGCUUUUUAACCAUCUUGCUCCAGACUUGUCAAGGCCUUCAGGUCAUGGGGAGCAAUGGCGAGGCCUGGAGAGAAGUCCCACAGGUCCUAGGAUUCCUACAUGUCCUUAUUGGCGACUACCUACAGGUGCUGAUCAGCAAUGGCCUAUACAAAAGCGUGGUCCACAGGGCACUUCUGAACACUGAGAAGCAAAGGUUUUCGAUAGCCAGCAUCCACAGUCUUUCUAUGGAUGAAAAGGUCGAAGUCGCCAAAGAGCUGCUAGAUGAGCAACGGCCCAAAAAAUACAAAGAGAGCAGUUUUUGGAACUACCUCUCAGCCGACGCUAGCAAGGAGAAACGCUUCAUAGAGAGUCUUAGAAUCGAUGGAAGCUUUCCUUGA